AUGGAGACAGAGGUUGGCGGGGCACCUCCACCACAACUUCAGGGAGCCUGGUCACCGCGAGGACAAGGCCGCGGGGGGCGCGUCGGUGCGGUGGUUCUGGACGUGGCUACAUGUGAUGGUCCAGUGUUCUUCGAGAGAGUCAUUAACAGGGCAUAUAAGGCCAAUCCUCUUCUUGGCCCAGAAGAUUCAGAGACAGAGACAGAGAUCAACGUGGAGGAAGUGGACUCAAGUGAGGACAAUUCUAACCGUCCCCCACAUGCUUCUGAUGACAGGAGCAGGGAUGGAUUAUCCAACCUCCUCCGGAUUUCCUCCACCAGCUCCUUGAAGGGAGAGAGCAAGGCCCUGACACAGCCCUCACAGCGCAGCUCUUCUCCUCCGAUACCUAACAACACCCUCAGCAGAACCUACCACUGUGUCUACUGUAACCACACAUUUAAGAGCCACUACUGCUACCAGAAACACAUGCGGCGCCAUAUCAAUCCCAUCACAGUGGAAGUGGACAAGCCAAGGCCAUCCACUACUUCCACCACCAACACCUCCCCAACCUCCCAGAAUGACAACACAGCAUUACCAGAAGGGAAUAGCAGUGUGGGGACAGCAAGUGGAGGUUGUGGAGGAGGAGGAGGAGGAGGCAGUAGCAGCAGUGGCGGAGGAGGAGGAGGAGGAGGAGGAGGAGGAGGAGGAGGAGGUGGAGGUGGAGGUGGAGGUGGAGGUGGAGGCGGAGGUGGUGGUAGCUCAACUAAGAGUGGCAGCACCUCUCCUUACAGCAGCCAGACAGUGUCCCCAUCACCUUCCUCUGAGGGGCUCAAGAUCCUGGACCUCAAUGUGCAAUACUUCCCCUGCAAGACUUGUGGUUCUAAGUUCCCCAGCUACUACUUUGUCCACAAACAUCGAAGACUCUGCCACCAGGAUGAAGAGAAUGCUGCUGCUGCUGCCUCCUAUGGGAAGAAAUCUGCACCUACACCCUCCACACCUCCAUCUAGCACUGCCUCCACACCUACACCCAGGCCCCCUACACCUGCACCAGUUGUUCCACCUCCACCUCUGGAUGCCACAGCCUCACCAGCCAGCACCACCACAGCUGCUUAG